GUUGCCAUGACUGCCCGCGAGUGGCCCAACAUCCUCAUCACCGGCACUCCCGGCACGGGCAAGACGACCCACGCCGCCCUCCUCGUCGAAGCGCUCCAGCAAGCUCCCGAGACGAGCGCAGCACCGUGGCAGCACCUCAACGUGGGCGAUUUUGUCAAAGAGAAGGGCUGUCAUCAGGGCUGGAACGACGAGUGGCAGAGCUGGGACGUCGACGAGGACAAGCUGUUGGACGAGCUCGAGCUCGUGCAGGGCCAAGGCGCCAAGGUCCUCGACUGGCACACGUGCGACAUCUUCCCCGAGCGGUGGAUCGACCUCGUCGUCGUCCUGCGGUGCGACCACGCCAAGCUGUGGGAGCGGUUAGAGAAGCGCGGCUACAAGCUCAACAAGAUCGAGGAGAACAACGAGGCCGAGAUCAUGGAGGUCGUCCUUGCCGACGCGCGCGAGUCGUACGCUGAGGAGGUCGUCGUCGAGCUGCGGAGCGAGUCGCCAGAGGAGAUGGAGGAGAACGUUGGGCGGAUACUGCAGUGGGUCCAUGGCUGGAGGGCCAACAACGCCGACGACAGCGACGACGAGGCCUGAGCCGUCCUUUUACCUGCUGCAACGUCGACAGACACUCUCAGAGCU